GGGGACGCCGCGGGCGGCUCCUCCCGGGCCUAGGCCCCAAGCAGACCCUGCGGGUGUCGCCGCCAUGACCCUGUCUCGGCUUUCUCGGCUGUUGGGCCUCGUCCCGGCCGAAGCGUGGAGAGUGGCAAGAUCACCCCAUGUGUGUCAUUCUCUGAGAAAAGCAAGUUCUCAAGGAGGGAUGUCUGAACCUGUCAAACAAUCCCUUAAGAAGCCAAAGUUACCAGUAGGUCGUUUUGAUGCCCCAGAAGAUUCCAAUUUAGAGAAGGAACCACUGACAAAAUUUCCAGAUGAUGUAAAUCCUGUUACCAAAGAAAAAGGUGGACCCAGGGGCCCAGAACCUACCCGAUACGGAGAUUGGGAACGAAAGGGACGCUGUAUUGAUUUUUGAGCUGCAUAUUCUUUAACCUCAUUAACUUUUUCUGAAUAUGUACUCUGAAUUAUUUCUGAUUAUCUUCUUUCUUAUAUCCUUUAGAUCAUCCAGUUUCUAUAGUGUGUUUAAAAAUAUAUAUGUAU